CACUCCCCGCAUCUCCGCAUACCGUUCCACCGGAGGAAAUGCCCUGCUGUAAUUUCUCCAUCCAGCAGGCUACCCCAGUAUGGGGAAGAUUGCAUCCUGCGUAGAUUGGGGAUCAACAUUGGGGUAAUUCUGGGGUAUGAAUUAUAUAAAAAAUCACGGCGCCGCCAUGUAUGCUAGAAAGGAUCGUCGGUCUCCUGGCUCCUGUUUUUCUGGUACCGCCUAUCCGUCGCACCAAUCACUAUUAUGCGGUCCUCCUUGGUGUCUUUGGCUGUAGCGCCGGCACUCGUACGUGCGGCGCUCAACACGACCGAAACUUCAUCUGCGGUCAUCAUCGCCAACGAUCGUCUCUAUGCCAGUGUCAACAAGGCCACUGGCUCUGUCGAGACCCUGACAUUGGACGGCCAGAACCUGCUAGGCACCAAGUCUGGUUCCACAGGUGUUGGUCCGUACCUCGACUGCUACUGUACACCAUCUGGAUUCUGGACUCCCGGGAGCUCAAAGCCCACAUACGCGCUUUACAAUGGCACAGACUCGACAGGCACAGCGUACGGCGGCAUCAAGAUGUCAGAUACAUAUAUUCCUACAGGCCAGGUACUGGAAACUUACUGGUUCUUGAGGGAUGGCGAGACUGGAUUACACAUGUUCGAGCGGCUUGCUUACUAUAACGAGACGACACCGUUUCUACGGAACUUGCAAGAGUUCCGAACGCUCUUCAGACCCAACUCGGCCAUUUGGACACAUUUGCUCACCAACGAGGAGCAGUGGGCGCCGCUGCCGAGCAAGGCGGCCAUUGCUAAGCAGGUCGUUGUUCAGGAUGCGACAUGGUACUUUGGAAACACCCCAGAUGAUGCCUACGUACAGCAGGAAGCGGACUACUUUACGAAGUACACUUUCCAAGAUACUUGGAGGAACAACGAUGUUCACGGACAAUUUGCCGAUGGUACACAGACUCCUGACAACUCUACUUACGGUGCUUGGCUGGUUAUGAACACGAAAGAUACCUACUUCGGCGGUCCACUUCACUCCGAUCUGAUGGUUGACGGUAUUGUCUAUAAUUAUAUUGUUUCAAAUCACCACGGAGACCAGACGCCUAACAUCACAAACGGUUUCGACCGGACAUUUGGACCGCAAUAUUAUCACUUCAAUCACCUUCCGGCGGGCACCGACAUCCUCGAAUCUCGCGCCGAUGCAGCUCAGUAUGCGGACCCCGCCUGGAACGCCGAUUUCUACGACUCCAUCGCACAAUACGUCCCCAACUAUGUGCCCACUUCGGAGCGCGGUUCGUUUAAGCUCCAGGUCUCCCUUCCUGACAAGGCAGAGAAGCCAAUCGCUGUUCUCGCACAGAACGCUAUUGACUUCCAGGAUAACGUCUUUGAUACGAAGGCGUAUCAAUACUGGGGCGAAAUCGAUGCUACUGGUGCUGUGACAAUCCCACGUGUUAAGGCCGGGAUUUACAGAUUGACCAUCUACGCUGAAGGUGUCUUUGGUGAUUAUGUUCAAGAUGAUAUUGUCAUCACUGGUGGCGAGGAGGAGAGUGUCAGUAUCAAAUGGAGCGAGGAGACAUCUGGAAACGAGAUAUUCCGGAUUGGCACUCCUGACAAGAGCUCAGGUGAAUACCGUCAUGGUUACGCCAGAGACGAGACGCACCCCCGACACCCCGAGGAGUACCGUAUCUAUUGGCCGGUCUACGAUUUUGUGGACGAUUUCCCAGAAGGCGUAACAUUUAAGGUUGGUGAGAGCGACGUCUCGACAGACCUAAACUACGUUCACUGGAGUGUGUUCGGUGGUUACGGCAACUCGAUCCGGACGGCGCCGUAUGCUGGUGAUGGCAACGUGAAUAACUGGACGAUCACUUUUGACUUGGAGCAAGACCAAGUCCAGGACGCGACCGAAGGCCAUUUCACCGUCCUUCUGGCAGGUGCAAAGACUGCGGCUGGCAACACGGAUGUUUUCAAUGCUUCUGAGCCCCACUCGAACCUCAAAUACACCGUCAAUGUGAACGGUCAGGACCUCGAGCCUUGGGUCAUUCCCUAUUACCAAAGCAGCUCUUGUGCUGUGAGAUCUGCUGUGAUAUGCUACAACAUUGGCCACAAGUUCGAGUUUGAUGCCGGAAUCCUUCAGGCUGGCGAGAACUCCAUUAUUCUGAGUCUUCCUUUCAACGCCACCGAUUAUGAGAGCGCGGUCUUGACACCAAAUAUCUACGUCCAGUAUGAUGCGUUACGGUUAGAGCUUAGUUAGCUGAAGCCGACAACAUGAUAGUCGGACACAUAAUCAAAUGAGCGUAAAUUUAAGGUGGUAUGUCUAAUUACCUACUCAAGCAUAAUACUGAGAAUGGGCACAACACGUAUUC